AUGGUGACCCCUGUGAAACUGACAUCUGAGAGUGCUCCUUCUGUGAAACUGACAUCUGAGAGUGUUCCUUCUGUGAAACUGACAUCUGAGAGUGGUCCUUCUGUGCGGGAAUGGAAGGAAGAAGGAAGCAAGACCUUCAUGUGCACAGGCCGGCCCGGCUGGCUCACCGUCUCUCUGCGGGUCGGGAAGUACAAGAAGACCCACAAAAACAUCAUGAUCAACCUGAUGGACAUCCUGGAAGUGGACACCAAGCGGCAGAUCGUCUCUGUGGAGCCUUUGGUCACUAUGGGCCAGGUGACGGCGCUGCUCAAUUCUGUCGGCUGGACGCUGCCCGUUCUCCCAGAGUUGGAUGACCUCACAGUAGGAGGCCUCAUCAUGGGCACCGGCAUCGAGUCGUCGUCCCACCGCUUCGGGCUGUUCCAGCACAUCUGCACGGCCUACGAGCUGGUCCUGUCGGACGGGAGCUUCGUGAGAUGCACCCCGACGGAGAACUCGGACCUGUUCUACGCCGUGCCCUGGUCCUGCGGCACGCUGGGCUUCCUGGUCGCCGCUGAGAUCCGGAUCAUCCCCGCCAAGAAGUACGUGAAGCUGCGGCUGGAGCCCGUGCGCGGCCUCCAGGAGAUCUGCGCCAGGUUCACCGAGGAGUCCCAGAGGAAGGAGAACCACUUCGUGGAAGGCCUGCUGUACUCCCUGGAGGAGGCGGUCAUCAUGACGGGGGUCAUGACGGACGACCUGGAUCCCAGCAAGUUGAACAGAAUUGGUGACUACUACAAGCCCUGGUUCUUCAAGCACGUGGAGGAAUACCUGAAGAAGGACCAGAAAGGGCUGGAGUACAUCCCCUUGCGACACUAUUACCACCGCCACACCCGUAGCAUCUUCUGGGAACUCCAGGACAUCAUCCCCUUCGGCAACAAUCCCAUCUUCCGUUACCUCUUUGGCUGGCUGGUACCUCCCAAGAUCUCCCUGUUAAAGCUGACUCAAGGCGAGACCCUGCGCAAAUUGUAUGAACAGCAUCAUGUGGUACAAGACAUGUUGGUCCCCAUGAAGGUGCUGGAGAGCGCCAUUCAGACCUUCCACAACGAUCUCCAUGUCUAUCCCAUCUGGCUGUGCCCAUUCAUCUUGCCCAGUCAGCCAGGCAUGGUCCACCCCAAGGGGGAUGAGACAGAGCUCUACGUGGACAUCGGGGCCUACGGAGAGCCACGGGUGAAGCACUUCGAAGCCAGGUCUUGCAUGAGGCAGAUGGAGAAGUUUGUCCGAAGUGUGCACGGGUUCCAGAUGCUGUACGCCGACUGCUACAUGAACCGGGAGGAGUUCUGGGAGAUGUUUGACGGCUCGCUGUACCACAGGCUUCGGAAGGAGCUGAACUGCAAGGACGCCUUCCCCGAGGUGUUUGAUAAGAUCUGUAAGGCCGCCCGCCACUGAGCCUUCCCGUCCCCCGACCCCGCCGGGGCCCGGCACCCCCCGGCCUCCCCCUGCCCGGCCAGGCUCCGCUGCUCUGCCCACCCGUCCGCCUUCUUCGCAAUCGCCUUUCUCUGCAGACGAGAAGGAUCCGCCUCCUCCUCCCGCCCCGCGCAG